AUGCCAUCAUCCCGUCAGGACUUGCAAACCGUAAGGACAACGUUUAUUUUUUGCCUGAAAAAUCAUGGACGGUCAGCAUGAAAAAGAACCCUGUUCCUCAGCAACUUCUGCUUCCAGUACUCGUCCAAAGAGGCUCCCAAAGCGUCAACAAAAGACCCAAAUCUCAACAGAUGAGCGAGACGCUUCUAACCUAGCCCCUACUGCAGUAGUGCUUCUUAACAAGGAGAAGCAAGAACUGAACCUUCUUAAGGAGAAGUUGGAAUGGCAGAAGAAGAAGAUUGAAGAACUGGAAGAAGAGAGAGAUUUCCUUCGUGGACAGUUGUCUGCCCUCACAGCAAUGCAAGAAAGCAUGGACAACAAAGUCACUGUGAAUGAUUCGGAAACCUCCAAUACGUCAUCCAUGUCCUCCUCUUCCUCAUCCUCAUCCUCAUCUUCAACCCCCAAGAAGCGCAAAUCCAAAAAGAAGCACAGCAAGGCAGCCAAAAAACACAAGAGAGAGCACAAGACGUUUCGGCAGCGCGUACAAACACCGAGUGAAAUUGUCUGCCGCUACAGAUCCAUCCUCAAAACCUUGCCAAAGACAAAGACCAUGACCAAAGCGUUCCAGAAGCACGGCAUUGACAGAAACACUGUGGUGUGCACUUCAGCGAUUGGAGAGCUCGCUAUUGCAGCUCCUGAGGUCUAUGAGGAGACACUGGCCAAGAGGUCUACUGGAGAGACAGUGCUGGCAUUUGCUAAGCGCUGUGAGGCUGCUAUUCAGAAAGAUGAAGAAUUAAAAGAAAAAAUAGAAAUCAUGAAAGCUAAGGGUACCCUCCUCCCCAUGAGGAGAAACAAACCUGUUUAAUGGUUAUGUACACUUGAUUGUGUUUAAAGUGUAUUGGGCACACUGGUUCAAGUUUGAGUGAAAAAGAAAAAUCAGUACAUACAUAUAUCAGUAUGUGAGGUAUAUUUUUAGUUUCUUUAGGUUUUGUUUAGAUUUUGAUUAGGAUUCUUUGUUUAGGAAGACAUAGACCUUGUGAAGAUUAAGAUUAAGAGACUUUAAAGACUUAUUUAAUUUGAGUAUUGGUCAAUUUUAUUUAUUUUAAAUACAUUUUAUUUAUAUUUUUAUUUCAAAUACAUUUUAUUUAUACAAUUUAAAUACCAUGCUAAAAGGUCUAUGCAUGUUUAGUUAUGACAGUUUAAAUUUGAGUGCCCUUAA